ACAUAUAGCUUUGUUGGGAUAAGCUAAGAUAUGUAUCCCACAUAAAGUAAGAUUAAUACUCUGAAUUGAAGUUUGAAUACAGUACACGCCACUUCGCCCCCUUUUUCGUUGUGCCACCGCCGUCGGAGAGUCCGUCCGCUACCACCGCCUGUUGCCCAGCCUCCACUCGCGCCACCACGGUGACGCCCUUGGGCCUCUCAGUCUCUUCAUCAGCCGCCGCCUGGAACAGCCAGCUCGAGUCGCCGCCUCAGCCUUCACCGAUUUCUCCAGCGGCCACCACCACCUCCGGCCCACCCGCCCCGCCUCUGACGAUAGCCGCCGCCAGAUGCGCCCUACUUCAGAUUCGUAUAUGAGGAAUUCAAUCAACAAUCUACCAGAUGAUCUGCUAAUUUCUAUAGUGUCUUCUUCAACCGUCAAAGAAGCAGCAACAACUUGUUUUUCAGCCUAUUUAGCAUAGAAGCAAGAAAAAAAUUAUCAGAUUUUUAAAAAACAAAUUUGUUGUCCCCCCUCCUCAAUUUCGCACAUUAAUUUUUCUGAGACGAAAAGAAUUGGAAGAUAAUAUUAUUUCCUGUGGGAUCAUUUAAUUCAGACCAAUUAUGUUAAAAGAAUUUGCAUAAUGUAUGUGUGUUUAUGGGAAGUUGAGGAUGUGUGUUGUUUCAAUUUAUGGUUUGUGUUGUAGUUUUUAGAUGGAUUAAGUAAUUGAGCCAAUAUUGUUAUUAACUCAUUUUAAUCUUUAGUUUCUUGUCUCAUUUUGUUAGCAUAUGUUUUCCUUGUCAGGAUGUAAUAAAUAGUAGUAGUACGAUUUUAUUCAUGUUGUACUUAUUCAUUUUAUAAAUAUAAGAUCAUUAAGAAGAUGAAGUUUUGUGGGCGUCUAGUUUGGGGUUGGAUUUAGGUAAUUCUUUUUCUUUUUUUUUUCUUUUUAAAAUUUAUUAUUUAAAUUUAUGUAUCAGAUUAAAAUAGUAACUUGCUAAUUUAAUCUAUAGUUGUAUCUUUUCUACCAAACAAGAAUAUUAUUUAUUUUUGUAUUACUCAUCUUAGCUACGAAACACCUAUAAGGAUUAACAAUCUCACCCAAUCCAUACUUCCUCUGUCCCAUUAUAAUAUGCCAGUUUUCCUUUUUGGGAUGUUCCACUAGAAUAGGCUCGUUUUUCAUUUUGAGUAAAAAAAAUGUACUUAAUUGGUGUGGACUACACCAUUUUCCUCUUAAAAAGUAAAUUUCUUGAUUUUCGCGUUCAAAAGAAGUGAGUCUAUUAGAAUGAGACGAAGAGAAUAUUAUUUAUAUAGGUUUUAUUUAUCACUCUUUAUCUUAACUUAUAUACCAAACACACCCUUAAGAUUUGUAUCACACUUCUUCCAAAUCUGAAAUCCCAUCUCUUCUGUUUCCUAACUUUGGCGGCAAAAGAGAAAAUUCAGACUACCAAAUUCAUCACUUUUGCUGGCUGGUAGUGGUACAGAUUGGCAUUAUAAUUAUCUUCUGAAGGUGGAUUUCGCGUGCACUAGCACAGAUUUCAUGUCUAAUUAUUAUGACAUCGAUGAUAUAUUAGCUGAGGAAGAGCUUGUCCCAACCGUAUUCCAACAUGCUGCCAAUGGUGUUGGGCUCUUUGAUUCAAGCGACGAUGCAGAUAAGGUGGAAGCUGGUUCGAGAGCCGAGCUGCCAUUCUGGCUGGUUCGUGAAUUGUAUUUGAGACAGCUUAUAUCUAUAAGGGUUCCUCCGUGUUUUGAUAGAGAAUCCAAAACAAGAGAAGAAAUAGCAGCUGAUGCUGCCCAUGUAGAUUUAAGAAGCCGGUCUCCAUAUUUUUAUGAGUUGGGGUGUAAGAUCGCGCUGCUAAUCGGUGACAGAACCAUUGGCCCAUUCCUUCUUGUGGCAUUCCGGACCAGAUACAGGGACGUGUUGGUUAAGGCUCAUACUCUAACACUGACAAUGACCCCGAAAUACUUGACACUUCUAACUAAUGAAGAAACCAAAUUGUAUGAAGCCGGUCAAUCCUCAAUAGCUGCAUUCAAGAAGUGGCAGAUGGGUGGACCUAGAUUUCAAGUAGCUUCUGUACUUGGGAGGAAGAGGAAGCCGACUUAGAUGCUGUUCGUGGAUGGAAUUCACCCUCUUUCUCGUGCAUCCACAGUCUCCAUCAAAACCAGCCAUGCGAGGUUUUCAGUAUGCAUCAAGAUCCUACUGUCGUCGCCCUUACAGAUGGUACCAUGUUAUGUCUGCAGAGAAUUUUUCCAAAGGAAACCAAGAAGCCAGAUAAUGCUGAGUGGAUCAGUUGAUUCAGAUACCUAAAUUUCUUACAUCUGUCAAUUGAUUGUGAUGAUUUUUUUUUUUCCCUCGAGCAAACAUCAAUUUACAGUUAACUUAUAGAACAAUUCAAAUACUGCUUUGAAUUCUAAGGUUGCAGCUUGCACGAAUAUGUGAGAAUACUGUUUGUAUGCGCGGCUGCGAAUUUCACUCUCCUUAAUACAAUGAAUUAAUUCAUGCAA